GCAAUUCUUCUUUCUCUUCUUCCGCUUUGUUGGAAUUUUCUUGCUUUCGACCCUGGAUUUUUCGCAUCAGCGACUCCCAGCCGGGCUGAACGGCUUGGCACUGUGGUCAGGGCGCAUGUUUUUGCUCGGCGGCGCUCAAAGACGAUCUUCCGCGCCCAAUCCUCAGCCAUGAGGUCUGACCUGUUCGACUGCUUGCCGCAGUCGGCAGCGCUUUUGUUGCUGUCGAGCAUUCUACAGCUGACCGACGCCCAUGCCGUACAAAGACUUCCCAGGAAAACACCAGAGCCCACGAUCACCGUCCCGUAUCGCGCCCUCAAUGUCGCCCCGUGGCCGCUGCACGCAACCCCACCACCAGGCGGAGACACCUUCGCUAACCGCCGCCGCCAGCUGGACGACACCUUCAACACGGUCUGCGGCUACAUCAAUGGAGACCAGAACCUGCCUGCGACAUGCGGGCAGGGAUCCCAUUGCGUCGUCGACACAGAUCACAACGUGGUGGGAUGCUGUCCGAAUGGCGCACCCUCGUGCACUGCGGGCGUUUUUACCGGUUGUGUGGACGGCAACAGCGGCCCCCAGACCGAGGUGAACCCCUACAUUUAUAGUUGCACCGGCUCCGACGUCUGCUACAUGAACGUCUACGAAGGCGGUUUCUCUCAGUACGGCUGCGGCACGGCGAGCGACCUGGCAGCGACCGUACAGAAUAGCGCCAGCGGCAUCACCGCCGUCCUCACCCGUCCUACCGUGAGUGUUUCAUAUACACAAGGCAUCAGCACCCUCAGCGAGCCCACCACGCUGGGGACCCCCAGAAGCAGGACCAGAAGCAGCACCGUCCGCACUUCGCACUCCUCGUCGGCCACAUCAGCCUCAUCUACUUCAUCUGAGUCCACCAGCUCCACCAGCGAGCCAGCAGCUCCGCCCGCAACCGAUAAGAGCUAUCGAACCGGCGCCAUCAUCGGCGGUACCAUUGGUGGGCUAGCCGUGCUCAUCGCGUUGGGAGCGCUCGCCUUCUUCCUGCGCCGGCGCAACGCCAACAUACGCCAGGGCCCCGGGCUUGGCGGGGUACGCGGCAAGAUUAUCAGUCCCCCUCAGCCCGGCAAAGGCACAGGUUUUGCUGCCCUCGCAAGCGAUGACGCGGAUGCCUUCGAAACCGGACCAGCGGGUAGCGUCCUGAACCAGCCUUACCCACAACAACAGCAACAACAACAACAACCACAGAUGACGAUGCAUACAACAGCAGCUCCCACCGCCGCUGCCCCCACCGCCGCUGCCGCCGCAGCGGCAGCAGCAGGCGCAGCCGCCAGUGCACCGCCGACAAAUCGCAGCUUGCUCCCGCCCAUCGCGACAAGCCCGCCUAUGCCUUUCCAGAGCGAGGUCUCGCCCGUCGAUCGCCACGACCUGGACACACCCUACGCCUACAGCAACUCCGCGGUUAGCGCCAGCGCCGCCGCCGCCAGCGGUCUCUCGGCGAUAUCCGUCUCUCCAUACCCGCCGUCGUCCUCGGGAGGCGUCAGCUCCGCCGACAGCGGGAACUCGUUACCCACGUCAGCCAUGGCGGCCGCCGCCGCAGCAGCGGGCGCAGCCGCGUACCAGCACCAUCAGCCGUACCAAAACCCGGGCCCCACGGCAUACGCCGGCGGUUCGGGCGUGCUGAUGGGCAUGAACCCGCUCCUGCUGAACCGCGGAGCUGAGCGACACCUGGAGAGCGACCAGGUGCCGCUGACGAGCGGGCGCGAGGUCGACGACUUCUCGCAUGGGUACCACGCCGCACUGGGGAGGAUCGGGGAGGAGGACGAGGAAGGCGAGGAAGAACAGAGGCGAUCUCGCGGCUACGGGGGGGAUCAGGCACCCUACCGGGAUCAUGUCGGAGAAAGCGCGGGGGACAAUGCGGCUACUGGUGGUACUGGCAGUGGUGAUGGUGUAAAAACCGUGCUCAGGGGUGAGGCGAGGCCGCUCUGGCAGCAGAAUCGGAGACAGAGUCGGAACCUGAUGUGGAUGUGAACGGAAGGAGCCUCGAGUACGGUCGGUGAGCCGGGGGGGGGGGGGUUGGUUAACGGACGGCAUCCAGCACGAUUAGGGAUCCUAGCGGCGUUUGGGGUUAGCGAAUUGCAUUUUUGGGGGGUGUGAAAUGUCCUC